UUUCAUUUGGCUUAAACGGUUUCUGUUGCGACGAAACGUUUUGAAACAGAAACAGCGCAAUUAAUAAAUCGCUGAUGUUGCAGUUUAUUGAGAAGGGGCAAUAGUCCAGAGAGUUUAUAUUCGGUAUUAUCUGUGUCGCUUUUAUUAGAAAAUUAAUUAAAACAUAGGCCUACAUCCUUCUUUAUUCGAAUAACCUACACUGACUGAGUCAUUUCAACCUUCACCGGCUCUGUGGACUUCGAACUCCCAUUACACCUGUCUUCACAACAAGGAAGUAUUGAAUCCUUCGUUCGUACCUUUUGAAAGGAAGCCAUUUCUCAGCAAGCUCACUGGUAAUGGUAUUUGAUAACAUCAGCUAAAUCAUCUUUAUAUCUAUUAAUUGUUCCAUUCCAAAUGUAUUUUUGAGAAAGGUCACGAUUUAUACCUACCCGUUCUAUUUGAAGUUUAUUUCGCUCAAAGUGGAUACUCCAGUAACGUUAGGUUAACGCCAUCGAAUCUACAGACAGCUAAGCAUGGGGCACUCUGUUCACAACAUUGACACCAGCAAACCACUCGUCCACACAACGCCAUACACGCUGUUUGCCAUCUGCCCGGUACACCUGGAUUCAUCCAUGUAGAGCACGCUUCUCCAGCGUGCCAGUGGCCAUCAAAGAUGAACAGCACCUCAGAGGAGAUGGCGAUGACCUCGGAGGUCCCCCAAAAUGAGUCUCUCAUACGUUUCGCGUCUCCAGUUCUUAACAAGUCAGACAUAUCCAACAUGACAAUAAUUCAAACAGGGAAUGGGACUAUUGUGGCACACGAUAUCUUCUUGAAUACGACUGCUGCUCAAGCUCUGUCGGGGAUCUUUGUCUGGUCAGCACUGCUCCUCACUUGCCACCAGAUCUACACACACCUGAGGUCCUACACGGUCCCUAACGAGCAGCGCUACAUCAUUCGCAUUCUUUUCAUCGUGCCAAUCUAUGCGUUCGACUCCUGGCUCAGCCUGCUCUUCAUCAGCAACGACCAGUACUAUGUCUACUUUGACUCCGUCCGAGACUGUUAUGAAGCAUUUGUGAUUUACAACUUCCUGAGCCUGUCCUUUGAGUACCUCGGGGGAGAGAGUGCCAUCAUGUCCGAGAUCCGAGGGAAGUCCAUUGAGUCGAGCUGUAUGUAUGGUACCUGCUGCUUAAGUGGAAUAAGCUACUCUAUUGGCUUUUUACGAUUCUGUAAACAGGCCACUCUUCAGUUCUGUGUCGUCAAACCCAUCAUGGCCGUCAUCACCAUCCUCCUGCAGGCCUUUGGCAAAUAUCAUGAUGGAGACUUUAAUGUGAAUGGAGGAUACCUCUACAUCACCAUCAUCUACAACAUCUCUGUCAGCCUGGCCCUGUACGCGCUCUUCCUCUUCUUCUUCGCUACCAGUGACCUGCUGAGGCCUUAUGAACCCGUGCUCAAAUUCCUCACCAUCAAAUCUGUCAUCUUCCUGUCCUUCUGGCAGGGUAUGUUGCUGGCCAUCCUGGAGCGCUGUGGGGUCAUCCCUAACGCCCUGUUUAUCGACGGCCAGGAGGUGGGGGCCGGCACUGUGGCAGCAGGCUGGCAGAACUUCAUCACCUGCAUCGAGAUGUUCUUCGCUGCUAUCGCCCUGCGCUACGCCUUCACCUGCACCGUGUACCAGGAGAAGAAGAACGAUCUACCAGGGACACACGACAACAUCGCCCCCAUGCAGAGCAUCUCCAGUGGUCUGAAGGAGACGAUGAACCCUGGGGACAUGGUCCAGGAUGCCAUCCACAACUUCUCCCCAGCCUACCAGCAGUACACCCAGCAGUCCACCCAGGAGGUGGUACAGCCCAGCCAGAACAACGGCAAGGCAGGCACAGGCGGCAGCAGCAAGAGCUCCAAGAAAUCUGACAAAGUCCUGCUGAUUAUCUCUGAUGAUGAAUUCUAAGGAGUCGCCCACCACCAUGAGUGUCCAUGUCUUUGUUUCCUCACCACACCCAGGACAACACUGGCACAGCAUAUCCCACUGUCAGACCUGGCAUCUGUCUGUGUGGUUUAUUUUCAUCUUCUUUCAUUUCAUUUCUUAAGAUGAACUCUUUACUUUAGUCCUGGUUUUAAAGUAACUGUCCAGUGUUUCUAUGAAAUAUGAUCUAUAUAUAAUUCAUUACAAAAUUUGUGAAAGUUUUCCUUCCAAAAAUGUUUAUGAAUGCAGUUUUUCUGUGUUGGAAUGGUGUCGGCGUACCCCAACAAUAGAAUGGUGAGAUAAAAAUAUUAAUGUGAGUAGAUAGCUGAUUGGCCAGCUGAGGAGGAUGACAUCAUCUAUGAAAUAGCAAGAAUGUUUUAAACGGUCUGUUUGAAAUACAAGUUUGAGGUGAGGUUUUUGAAGUGUUUUUCUCCAGCUGAUGCUUUCGACACAAUAUUAUUUGGGUACGAGUUAACAGAGUAUGAACUUUUAAAAGUGAGAUUUUCACUGGACAGUUAAUUUAAUGAAUAAUUAUUGCAGGAAAGAUCAAGAAUGGGACCGAAAUGAAGAUUUGAAUAACCUUAUGAGAUGCCUUUUGUUUCUGCUAGUCAUGAUACUAUGGGAAAAUAGCCUGUCUGCUGAGCCGUUUCAGACAUGGCAGGUAGUGAUGCAAUUUUUAUUUUGGUCUUUUCCCUGAUCCUGGUUCGGUCUCUAUCGUAGCAGUGACUGAGCUCUUCACUGGCCGCUGAAGUAUGUACUCCACUCUCUCUGAUUCAUGGGAGUUUCAAAUAGGAGCUGAUUAAUGUACGACUUCAGGAGGGAACCCAGGAAUAGUGCCCGUCAUGGCUGCCUCUGACACUUCAAGGACCAUCUCUUGCAUUUGCGUGUUUGAAGUAUUUGCUCAGCAGUCCUCUGUUGGGUCUCCUGACGAACUGAAUUAUUUUUUCAAAGACAACUGACUUUGGAGCAGGAACUUCAAACUCUAGACUUUGGCGCUUUGAAAUCCUUUGUAUCUAACAUGCCACCGACAAAUUGGAGGAUAAGGCCGACUCCCACCAACUUGGAGGGUUGUGGUAUUCUCAUUAAUUUUCUCAGCAUGGAUUUCAGUGUAUAAUUCAGCAGAGCUCUACAAUGGUAACACACAAAAAAACAUUUGCAGUAUUGUUAAUAGUUUGAGUAGAACCUUUAUAGUUUCUGAUGUUCGUAUUAUUGUUCCUUUCAAUUCACUGAAGAUAACAUUUGUACAGCAAUUGUUUGAUUGGUUUAAAUGUUAAAUUAUGCAGUGUACUUUGGUCUCGAUGUUUAAUUUUUAAGACAUGUUUGCUGUUAUGUUAACCUUAAUGACAGUUUGAUAAAUUGCUAUAUUGUAAAUAAGCUAUGUAGUAUUAACAAUGUGUUUUCAGUGAUUUCUGCAGAUAAGUUUGAUAUUUCAUGAUAUUUAAGUUGGUUUCAUGUCAUUAGAAAAUAUAUAUAUUUUGUUUCUGUUUGUGGCAAAUUGUGAUAGAGGGACACCAUCUACCCUAUCAUUUUGAACUGUGUUUAAGUUAGGGAAAUUAUGUGCAAUGUAAUCACUUUUUCCAUACCCUCAUGUGCCAAUUAUUGCUGGCUUACUGGGAAAGCAGAAACAGAUGUAGAGUUGGAUAUAAAGUGAUCACUGAGAUGUAGUGUAACUAUAGUGUCUAUUACUGAAUUCUGGUUUAUUUGGUUGUGUCACAUUUUUGCACUCAGGUAAAAUAAACGAUUAAAGAGA